AUGCGUUUAAGAUAUAAAGAUCCAAAGGUACCAAUACUCAAAAACAAUCUGCCAUUUCCAAUUGAACCCUAUGGAUAUUGUACUGAAUGUCGAACAAUUGAAGAGUUAAUAUCAAUAAGAAAUAAUCCUAAUCGCAUGAUUAUAGAAUGUCUUAUGAUACGUGAACGAGUAGGCGUUACGUCGAACUUUUUAUAUUUACUUGAUCAUCAGGCUGAUUUAUGUGGAUAUAAUUUAUAUUCAUUUGGUUAUAACACUUAUUUACGUGGAUCUGAAGAACGUUAG